AUGGUCUUCCUCUUCUCUAUGCAUCAUCCUCAAUUCGCAACCUUCACUGGAGCGAGUCUCUUCUCUGUGGAACAAGUAGUAACACCAAUCGAUUUUGGAUUUAGUCUUGUUAGGGCUUGGGAUUUUGAGGUAAAUGUAAUCGUUUUGAUAAGGAAUAAAGAAUACGAACGAGGGUUUAGAGAGAGAAGUUUUGUGGCGGAGGGAACGUUGAUUAUGAUGGUGGAGUUUGAAUCAGAAAAGGCGAUGUAUAUGGAAUCCGCAGCACAGACAGUGAGAUGA